GAAUCUCUUGGCCAACUUUGUUCUGUUUUGCUUUUAAGCUCUUUGAAGUUCAAAGCUUGCAGUUUAUUAUUUUAUUUUCCUUAGCCUUUUAUUAUCAUUGCACUUUCUCCUUCCCUUUUUUCUUGCACAUUUGACUGUUUAUUGAACUAUAUGAAAAAUCUUGUCAAGAUAGCCCCCCAUGGCUGGUCUGUUUUUCCCUCCCAGGGCUAAUACCUCUGCGUGCAUGGUAGCCCAGAGGAGGACGGGAGGGUAGCCUGUUCGACCCGGAGGUUUGGUGCUGGGUAUUCAUGCUCCACCGGCUCCCCUGGCAGCUGGGCUGUUGCUCCAAGGUGCUACUGGCUGAGCCAGGCAGCACCGAGAGUGAGAGAUGGACCGCUUCCUGGGUUUUGUCAAGCAGAUAAGAAGAUCUAGGAGAAGAAAGGGGAAAAAGUAUCGACCAGAAGAGGAUUACCACGAGGGCUAUGAGGAUGUCUAUUACUACGCGUCAGAGCAUUUUCGAAAUGACAGUCCCUACACUAAAUCUGCCAGCCAGACAAAGCCGCCUGAUGGAGCAUUGGCUGUGAGGAGACAGAGCAUUCCAGAGGAAUUCAAGGGCUCCACCGUUGUUGAACUGAUGAAGAAGGAAGGCACGACCCUCGGGCUGACAGUAUCAGGAGGAAUUGAUAAGGAUGGCAAGCCAAGAGUGUCUAAUCUUCGGCAAGGAGGAAUUGCUGCUAGAAGUGAUCAACUGGAUGUGGGGGACUACAUCAAAGCUGUGAAUGGGAUCAACCUGGCCAAGUUCCGCCAUGAUGAGAUCAUCAGCUUGCUGAAGAAUGUCGGGGAAAGAGUUGUUCUUGAAGUUGAGUAUGAGCUGCCACCUGUCUCUGUUCAAGGAUCCAGUGUUAUCUUCCGAACUGUGGAGGUCACAUUACAUAAAGAAGGCAAUACCUUUGGUUUCGUAAUACGAGGGGGCGCACAUGAUGAUAGGAAUAAGUCCCGACCAGUUGUGAUAACGUGUGUUCGUCCUGGAGGGCCCGCUGACAGAGAAGGCACGAUCAAACCUGGUGAUAGGUUGCUCAGUGUGGAUGGAAUUCGGCUCCUGGGCACCACGCAUGCUGAAGCAAUGAGUAUUCUUAAACAAUGUGGACAAGAGGCUACACUGCUGAUAGAAUACGACGUCUCUGUGAUGGAUUCUGUGGCCACAGCAUCGGGGCCAUUACUAGUUGAAGUUGCCAAAACUCCUGGUGCCAGCCUUGGGGUUGCCCUGACUACCUCGAUGUGCUGUAACAAGCAGGUCAUUGUCAUAGACAAAAUCAAAUCUGCAAGUAUUGCAGACAGGUGCGGCGCGCUGCAUGUGGGGGACCACAUCCUGUCCAUCGACGGGACCAGCAUGGAGUACUGCACGCUGGCUGAGGCCACCCAGUUCCUGGCUAACACCACUGACCAGGUCAAGCUCGAGAUUCUUCCUCAUCAUCAGACCCGCCUGGCUCUAAAGGGACCUGACCAUGCGGCUUUGGUGUCUUCAUCCUUCUCUCCUACCUCCAUGAGUGCAUACAGCCUGAGUUCCCUGAACAUGGGGACUUUACCUCGAAGCCUCUACUCCACUAGCCCCCGUGGAACCAUGAUGAGGAGGAGACUGAAAAAGAAAGACUUCAAAAGCUCACUGUCUUUAGCCUCUAGCACGGUGGGCCUGGCCGGGCAGGUUGUUCAUACGGAAACCACAGAGGUGGUGCUGGCAGCAGACCCUGUCACAGGAUUUGGGAUCCAGCUACAGGGCAGCGUGUUUGCCACAGAGACGCUCUCUUCACCACCUCUGAUUUCCUAUAUUGAAGCUGACAGCCCUGCAGAGAGAUGUGGGGUACUACAGAUUGGAGACAGAGUGAUGGCUAUUAAUGGAAUUCCAACUGAAGACAGCACCUUCGAGGAAGCCAAUCAGCUCCUCCGAGACUCUUCAAUCACAAGCAAGGUCACCCUGGAAAUCGAGUUUGAUGUUGCAGAGUCUGUCAUCCCAAGUAGUGGAACAUUCCAUGUUAAACUCCCUAAGAAGCACAAUGUGGAGCUGGGAAUAACCAUAAGCUCACCAUCCAGUAGAAAACCAGGAGACCCUCUUGUCAUCUCAGAUAUCAAGAAAGGCAGUGUGGCACACAGAACUGGAACCCUGGAACUUGGGGAUAAACUGCUUGCAAUCGAUAACAUCCGAUUGGACAACUGUUCCAUGGAAGAUGCAGUUCAGAUCCUGCAGCAGUGUGAAGACCUGGUGAAGCUCAAAAUCCGCAAAGAUGAAGAUAAUUCAGAUGAGCAAGAAAGUUCUGGAGCAAUUAUUUAUACCGUGGAGCUUAAGCGCUAUGGGGGCCCCCUCGGCAUCACGAUUUCAGGAACCGAAGAGCCGUUUGAUCCUAUAAUCAUUUCAAGCCUCACUAAAGGGGGAUUAGCUGAAAGGACUGGCGCAAUCCACAUAGGAGACCGAAUCCUUGCCAUCAACAGCAGCAGCUUGAAAGGGAAGCCUCUGAGUGAAGCCAUUCAUUUGCUACAGAUGGCAGGAGAGACUGUCACCUUGAAAAUUAAGAAACAGACAGAUGCCCAGUCAGCCUCAAGUCCCAAGAAAUUCCCCAUUGCCAGCCACUUGAGUGACCUGGGGGACGUGGAGGAGGACACUUCUCCUGCACAGAAGUCAGGCAAGCUCACCGACAUGUACCCCUCUGCUGUGCCCAGUGUAGACAGUGCUGUGGACUCGUGGGAUGGCUCUGGAAUAGACACCAGCUAUGGGAGUCAAGGCACUGGCUUUCAGGCCUCCGGCUACAACUUCAACACCUAUGACUGGAGGAGUCCUAAGCAGAGAGGCAGCUUGUCGCCAGUCGCUAAGCCUCGAAGCCAAACUUACCCAGACGUGGGGUUGAGUAAUGAAGAUUGGGAGCGGUCCACGGUCAGCGGUUUUGUAGGGGCUACUGACAGUACAGAGGCCGAGCAAGAGGAGAACUUCUGGUCUCAAGCACUGGAGGACUUAGAGACCUGUGGACAAUCGGGAAUUCUGAGAGAACUCGAGGAGAAAGCUGACAGGCGUGUGUCUUUGAGAAACAUGACUCUCUUGGCAACAAUUAUGUCGGGGAGCACGAUGAGCUUGAAUCAUGAGUCCCCAACCCCUCGAAGUCAGCUGGGGAGACAGGCCAGCUUCCAGGAACGGGGCAGCUCUCGGCCACACUACAGUCAGACAACUCGGAGCAACACUCUGCCCUCGGAUGUGGGCAGGAAGUCUGUCACCCUGAGAAAAAUGAAACAAGAAAUAAAGGAGAUCAUGUCGCCAACGCCUGUGGAGCUGCACAAGGUGACCUUGUACAAGGGCUCUGAUGUGGAGGACUUCGGGUUCAGUGUGGCAGAUGGCUUGCUAGAGAAAGGAGUGUAUGUCAAAAAUAUUCGCCCCGCUGGCCCAGGAGAUCUAGGUGGCUUAAAGCCCUAUGACAGACUCCUGCAGGUGAAUCAUGUCCGAACAAGAGACUUUGACUGCUGCCUGGUGGUGCCCCUUAUAGCAGAAUCCGGCAAUAAGCUGGACCUGGUUAUCAGUAGAAACCCACUUGCUUCACAGAAGUCUAUGGAACAGACUCUACCCAGAGAAUGGAGUGAACAGAACAGUGCUUUUUAUCAGCAGCCUGGCCAUGGUGGUAAUUUGGAGAUACGAGAACCAACUAACACAUUAUAGCAACGCUUUUUAUAAAGCAGGACAACAGACAAUAUCUACACAUGGUGCUAAGAAAUCCCUUUAAGAUGUCUGUGACCUUCGAAGCACAGAUAAUCACGCGGCAUUAAUGCAAGCACAGGGGUCUUUUAAAUCUCACUCACGGCUCAUGUUCAUGUCCCUUUUCAAGUUGAAGAGGUUUCUUCCUUGGUGACCACUCCGGUAGAGAGCAGGCGAGUCCCUGCCAAGCCUAAUGGUAGAGGAGAAAGUAAACUAGCUAGGCCACCCCUCCCCACAGUUACCAUCCAAGGACAUUUUUUACAAGGUCAUCUUCCUAUCAUUUUUUAAAAAGAGAAACGUCUGUUUGAAAAUAUUCUCUAUGAUCAUUUCCUUAAUUCACUUUGAAAUCAGUUUCUUACUCUGAAGUCAUGGACGUAAGAACUGGAUCAAGAAGGCUUUUCAUAAAGCUGGCUCUACUAGGGGAACUAGAGUUUGGUGAAUCUGGGGCUGCUGCUAUGGGAGGGGGGAGGUAUAACACUAAGUUACUUACAAUGUUUCAGCAACGAUGCACGGAGGAGACCAUAAUAGGUGGUGGUAAAUGUUUUGCCCAAGUAUAGGAAUGAUUUUAACUUAAGAUGUAUGCUAUUCCCUAUGCAACAAAUUAUCAAACAGGAUAUGUCUUGUGACCUGUUUUUUUUUUAAGGACACAUUUUUAAAUAGCUGAAAAUCUCUGAUAAUGAAAUUAGAGUGGUUAGUAAACACUGAGAAUUAGUUAUCUUAUUUUUAAAAUUCAAGAGUAAGAAUUUAAGAGAGAAUGAAGAGUCUAUUAAAAUGAGGUUUAUCUUAAUGAUAGGCAAAUCAAACUCAUACUGCUUGACUGUUUCGAAAACUGGUUAGAUUGAGGGGUGUACAGCACAUGUACUUAUAAAAAUGACACUGGACUAUCUUUUGUUCUGAGCCAUGCCUCUUAGCGAAAUUGUAAAUACAUUUUCCACAAAAUGCAUCGCCAAUUAUUACCAUCCCUCAAAGCAAUAAAUUGUGACAGUUGCUUUUAAGUUUGUCAGCAACUGUUUCCAUUUGUUCAGAUAUUUUGAAUAGUUAACACUAAUACUUGUUAUUUGGUGAAUAUAAAAAAGUAGAUCUGUAUAUUGACUGUAGAAUCUCCAAACAUUUUCAUUUUGAUCAAUAAAUCAAUCAGCCGCUUAAGUAAAGCAUUUAAACACUGUGUCCUUUGCUUAAGGAAAAGCUCACCUUUGUUUCUGUGCAAAGAAAUAUGUUAUUUCAGUCAUAUUUCAGAACCACCAGGGCGAGAAAGUAUAAAGCAGAAUCAUGUUAAGAAAAAAAAAAAGAUCAUGAGUCACUUAAAUAUGUAUUUUUAUUUGUAACAAACAAGUAUUAAACUGUAAAGUAUUUUUGUACAAAUUUAAUACUUUAAUAGCAUGGUAUUUAUCGUCUAUGUAUGGUUUUGGGGAAUUCAAAAUUGUUGCAAAUAUUUGUAUGGAAAAAAAAAAACCCUCUACCAAAUGGAAUAAACAGUGAUUUUAAGAGCCAAAAAGAGAGGUGCAUUUUUUUUUGUUUUUGCCUUGCCUGUACUUUAAGGUUCUAGACUGAGUCCUACACAGUUAGUCUUUGAGUAGGAAGCAAUUAAAACCAGUUAGUUAGCUUAGCAAGUUUGGAAGAUAAUCAGAAUACAAAAACCAAUUGUAUUUCUAUACAGUAGCAAUGAACAGUCCAAAACUAAGCAGACAUUUCUAGGAUCAAAAGUAAAAAGCAGCUAGUAAAGGCAGUCAAAAAUAAUACUCAGAAGUUACAAUGUACCCUUGAAAGAAAUGAGAGAAGACAUCAAACAAGAAAAGAGCUCAGUUCUAAGAAUCAGAAGACAGUGUUUAGACGGCAGUAACCCCCAGAUCUCUAGAUUUAACCGAACCCCCAUGAAAAUUCCCACCAGCUACUUUGCAGAAAUUGACAAGUUGAUCCUAAAAUUCAUAUGGAAAUGUAAGACACCCAAAAUAGUUAAAAACUAUUGAAAGAGAAUCACAAAUUGGAAGACUCAUGUAUCUUGAUUUCAAGACUUACCACAAAGCUAAUGAACAGAUGUAUAUAUAUAGAUGAAUGGAAUAGAAUGGAGAAUCCAAAAAUAAACCUUCACAUUUGUAAUUGAUUUUUGACAAGCACAGCAAGACAAUCCAAUGGGGAGAGAAUUGUCUCUUUAAGAGAUAGAGCUGGAACAACAGGAUAUCCACAUGUGAAAGAAUGAAGGUGGACACUUACCUCACCAUAAGCAAAAAUUAACCCAAAAAUGAAUCAAGGAGCUACAUAGAAGACCAAGAAUUGUUUAAUGCCUAGAUGAAAAAUAAAGAGGAAAUCUUCAUGACUUUAAGUAGGAAUGAUUUUUUUAGA